AUUUUGAAAUGCACUCUUAAAAGAUCAAGGUCGUGUAGAGUAUAUAAAAAACGAGUGCGUAUUCAGGCUACGUCAGUCUUUACGGAUCCAUUGAAUGACAAAGAUGAACAAGCUGAUACUUUCAGUAUUUGUCGUUGUGUGCGUGGCGGUCGUCAGUGCCAAAGAUUUUAACGCGGAAUAUGUCCGCUACGACAUCGAUGAUGACCAGUUGGGCCGCCUGCAGUGGCCAAAGGACUGUAAGAGACGCACCCUGGUGAACUACGCCAGGAAUUGCCUUCUCAAGGUCUCAAUAAGAUGGAAUGGCUUCCGUGUCAGGGACCCAUCAACUAAAAGGACAAUCACAAGUAUUCCGUGGAUAGUCUUCAACAAUCAACGGUGCCGUGACAUCAUCGGCGCUUUGACAACCCGCUGUGAAGGUACAACGAGCACCUACAGACCUACCACUAUCACCUACAGACCUACCACUACUGAUGCUUCCUACUACAACGGCGAAGAAGAUUACCAGUAGACCGAGACACAUAGAAGAGAUGCGCAGAACACAUUUGACAACAAAUAUAUGACCACGAGUCAUCAGGAAAUAAUUAUUUAAACAUUAUGAAAAUACGAUUUAUUAUAAAACAUUCAUCCACACGGCAUGAUUAAAUAAAGACCGUGCUCUGUGAAAAAAGGGUUUAAUGCAUGUGAAAUCCGCACAGGCUAAUCAGGAACGACACUUUCCGCUUCUAUUGCGUUUUUCGUUUUAAGUUUCUUCUUAGCAACAAUCUAGUUUAGGCGGAAAGUGUUGUCCCUGAUAAGCCUGUGCGGACUGCAAGGCUUAUCUGGCACGACACUUUACGCAUGCAUUAAACCCCUACAGAGCACGGUUCAUAUUGAGAAAGGUGUGUAAUGUGUAUAAGCCACUUGAACAGUCAUAUCAUUUCUGCAGCAAUCUUUGUCUAGGCGUGCAUCCGUUGAAAUAAAAUGUCUACGUAUCGGACAAACCAUGUAACAUUUUAUAAACUUAUACUAACAUAUAGUCUCGGUAGUAUAUAUAUAUAUAUACUUAAUCGCUCCAAGGAAGUAGAGAAUUUAUAUUUUUUAACCAAAAUUUUAAAUUAAUACCCUUUGCUAUGAUUACUUUUUUAAAUAAACUGCUAUCGUAAUUAAAUAUCAGUAGCAACAUUGCAUUUUUGUAAUCGUUGAAUAAUCAAUUUAGUUUUACAUAUGUUUCUCAUGGAAAACGCUGCAGAUUAACCAAUUGAAAUAUGUACUUAUAUGUAAAAUAAGUAAUACUAACUAAUAAAAGCCAACUUUUAA